UACAGUGAACGGUUUUUGGACGGCUUGUUUUGCUGUCAAAGUGAAUUGAUGUGCGAAAUAAUUGUUUGCGAAUAUUAUUCAUUAUUUUCGUAAAAGUAGAAUUUACACAAUGAUUACAAACUUUGAUAAACUCUGUGGAGAUCUAGAAAAGCAAGAAUUGGAGGCUCCUACCGGUAUAGCAUCUCCUUCUACAUACGCACAACUCUUGGCAAUAUAUUUAUAUCAAAACGAUUUAUGUAAUGCAAAAUUCCUAUGGAAGAGAAUCCCUCAGAACAUAACAAGUAGUAAUCCGGAAAUAUCAGCAAUAUGGGCGGUAGGUCAGAAGUUAUGGAAAAAAGACCUACCGGGUACCUACCAGGCUCUAGCAGCUUUCAACUGGACUGAACCUGUUGCUAAUAUCAUCCGAGCUUUAGAAGAUAACAUAAGGGAGCGCACAUUCAACCUGAUUGGUCGCUCAUACAGUUCUAUAUCAAUUGACCAUGUGGUCUCUAUGACCGGCUUGAGCAAAGAUGCAGUUCUACAUGUCUGCAGAGACCGCAAAUGGAUGUUGAAUGAAGAUGGAAUCACUGUGAGCCCAACACCACCCACCCAGCCUGCACCACUCCACACAUCCAGUGAAGACCAGCUGUUCAAAUUAACCGAAUUCGUUUCUUUCUUAGAGAAUUAAGUAAGUUAUUUAUUACAUUAGUUACUUUGGUUUUUCUUUAUAUUCCA